AGAAUAUCGUUCGUUAUAUCAAAAUAAUAAAUGAAGUUAGCUUUUGACUUAACUUUCGGCCGUUUGGUUUACUUUAAUUAUGCAACGAAUGAGACAAGCGGGAACCAGGUCCUUAUUCAAGACAGCUGACUUUUGAUGAAGGUGCUAACAGAACGUCCCACAAAGCUGAUAGGACUUCUUCCAUCUCCUUUAAUUUUACCCGCGAGCAUGCGCAAGGCGGCAGAUAUAGACAAAGAGUGUAAAGCACCCUGAACCUUUAAAUAAAUGAAGCAUUGAGUCUGUGGAGGUGAAGGUUUGUUUGUCCAAGCCAUUGUUUUUGCCAAUUAUCAGGGAAAAGUGCAAAACGUUUGUGUUGUUUCAUGCCACUUUGCGGCCUUUUUAAUUGGCUUUUCUGAUUAUUCAUUGUAUGUAGAGCACCCUGGUUGGUCGAAUGCUUAGUUUGCGCUGGCGAAGUUGUUUGGAUUUGGUUUUGACAAAGUCAUUGCACAGACCACUCUAUUCAAACAAAACGAAGCAUGCAAACUGUUUUGACAUCCAAGAACAAUAGAGUCGAGGUAAAAAAGAAUGAAAUCAUUACAAUAAAUCUAUUCAAUCUCUAUUUAGCAACUAAACAUUAAAGGAGGAAAGAUGUUGCGGUAAGAGAUAAAAAGCGUGCGUCAUCGUUUGGUCAAAUCGACAAGUUUUAUCCUUAUUUUUCUACUCUGUGGUGUUUCGGGAACAGCCCCUUGUGAGUGAAGACAGUUUUGCGUUGUACCCUAGUGUUUCACUGCAGCACCAACUCUGAAAAUAUUUACACGGGAAUCACUUUCAAAUAGUUUGGUUUCCACCGGGGAAGUUGACAUAGAUCGGACAACAGACAUUCUAUUAUUGCAAAAGACAGAGAGCUCUCCAAAGGUGGAAAUGUUCAACGAAAACUGUUCAACACAGCCCGACGAUUCCGAGCUCCAAAACAAUUGUAAAGGCAGUGGUCAAGAUCAGGUUCCUAUUUCCCCAGUGGGGAAAGUCGCAGCUUUUUCCAUAGUGUACGGUGUUCUUUUUCUUGUCGCUGUCAUCGGCAAUGCUCUGGUUUGUAUCGUUGUCUUCAAGAGAAAAGACAUGCGUUCUGUGACAAACCUAUUUCUUCUCAACAUGGCUAUCUCGGACAUGUUGUCCACAAUCAUCUCUAUACCAACGCUGCUAGCGUUGGAGAUCUCGCCGCACUACUGGCCUCUUGGAGGUUUCAUGUGUCGAGCAUCGGGGCUGAUUUCUUCAAUUUCGACGUCGGUGUCUAUUUACACUAUGGUUGUGCUGGCCUUGGAAAGAUAUCAAGCCAUCGUAAAUCCCUUCGCCGUUCGGGCUUCCCGGACGACCUACAGAAGAACCUUAACUGUGAUGGUCUUCACUUGGCUGGUGUCAUGUGCCAUUUCUGCUCCUCAAGCAUUUGUAGUCACCAUCAUAGACAUCCCACCGUUCAAGUAUUGUCAAGAAGAUUGGACUGGCAAAGGGGGACUGGUGGGGAAUCGCAUUUACACAGUGGUUGCCUUCAUUGCUUUGUUUGCCAUACCGAUAGUGGUGAUCUGCUCAAGCUACGUCAUAAUCAUACGCACGUUGUGGCAACCGGAACCAGUUCUAAGCGAGGAGGAGAGUGGCUCAACCAGCAAUGAAGGGCGCAGCUCGCACCGCAUCUACACGGUACACAGACAGAAGAAGAGGCGAAAGACAGCCUACAUGCUUCUGACAGUGAUUGUAGCGUUCUUGGUCUGCAUGCUCCCGUUUCAGGUUAUAGUUCUCGUUUCGAGUUUCGUUGAGUUCCAACCCACCGAUGGCUACAUCCUGCUAAUCAACAUCGCCUCUGUGCUGGCCGUCUGCUCCAUGGCCUGCAAUCCCUUCAUCUACAGCUUCUUUAGCGAGAAAUUUCGCCGGGCUUUUACGGACGUAUUCCAAUGCCGAUGCGAGGCGGACAUACAACUGGCGACCACAUCUUCUAUCGUUUUAGUUAGUUCGACAAUGCUGCAAAAAUGAUUUGAUCACAGGAACAGUUCUAGUUCUGAAGAACUUGGCACAAGUGUAUAUGAGAUUGCACACUGUUGCACCCCUUAAAUCAUUGCAUGUUGCAUAGCAUUUAGGCCAACAGUCAGAUCUGUAUUCAUUAGCUGUCUCCGUUAUGAACAACUUGCGACUUUCAAAUUAACAAAUUAAUAAGUAACGGAACAUGUUAGAAUGCAAAAAUUGGUGAUGUUCUAUACUUUUACAUUUUCGAGUACAAAAUAUGACCUUUUUGAUCACUCUGACAAAUUGCAACCCCCUGUAAGGGCUUAUACGGGAGGCUCCGCCCAAAAGGGUCACUGUUUUCAGACUUCACGUAUAUAAAAG